GCCUGUUAAUUGAGAGAUAUGGCCAUUUAGAUAUUCCUUUGAAAUGUGGUUACGAAGUGAACAUGUUAGUAGAAGACUACGUGGUCGUCUAAGUAUAAGUUGUGCAUCUGGGACCAAAAUAUCCAAUCAUAGGGUACAAAUCAACAGUUUAAGGAAACUUCCUUCUAUUAACAACAAUAGUCAUCGUAUCAACACACCAAAUAAAUGUGGCAGACUGACACGAUGGAGACGUAGAUGUACUCAUUUCCUGAAAGAGGCUUGUAAAGAAAAUGUUUUACGUUUUGCGAAAUCUACGCCUAGUAGACGAGAGAGAGGACCUCGUAGAAGAAAAUGCAUAAAACGGUCAAUGGUUACUUCAACUCCCUUACAUCGAACUUCUGCAAAAGAUGCAGUUAUUCCAGCAAAAUGUACAGCAGUAUCAAAAGUUUCUGAAGAAUCUAAGGAAAACUGGAAUACAACUACUUUAUCUCUAUAUUCAUCCAUACUAAACACAGAUUCAUGUUGUUCCUCCAUUACUACUGCAAAUGAUAUCAAAUCUUCAAUUCCGAGUGUAUCAUCACUAUCAAAUCUAAUGCCUCCAGCAUCUGUAAGAUCAAAUUCAGACCUUUCAUAUGUAUUAGAUGAUGAAGAAAACAAAACUAUUGAUACUGGUGCACUAUAUUAUACAGCUCUCUGUACACAAGCAGAAAUAUCUGAAGAAUGCCAUAGUUUAAUGCAUUCUACAUCCAUGUAUGGAACUCGUUCUUAUUCAUCAGAAAAGUAUUUUCCAAAUGGAAAAUACGCACUUAGCAACAACAAUGCAAGCAGCAGUAAUUUAUCAAAAAAUCAAUGUUCUGUUGACAGUCAUUCCACAAAAUAUGAGGCGGCCUUUGUCAAUACAAAGUACGGUACAUCAACCAUGUACAGUCUAAACCAUCAUCAUUCCCCAGAUACAAAUGGGAAUGUUACUGAAAAAUAUGAUUCCGAUGAUAUUGAGAGCGAUUACCAUGAUGUCGAAUACAUGGAAGUUGGAAGUGAGGAAAUAGUAGAAAGUUAUGAUAUGGAAAAUAUGGUUACUCAUGUUCAAGAAGAUUGGGAACCAUUUGAUCCUUAUGUCUUCAUUAAACAUUUACCACCUUUGACUCCAGCAAUGAGAGCCAGAUGCCCUGCUCUUCCGCUUAAAACACGCAGCAGCCCAGAAUUUAGUCUCGUGUUAGAUUUGGAUGAAACGUUAGUUCACUGUAGUUUGCAAGAACUUUCGGAUGCAGCAUUUCGUUUUCCAGUUGUCUUUCAAGAUGUAACAUACACAGUGUUUGUCAGAACACGGCCUUAUUUUCGCGAAUUUUUAGAACAUGUCUCGUCUUUAUAUGAAGUGAUCCUUUUUACCGCGAGUAAACGAGUUUAUGCAAACAAAUUAAUGAAUCUAUUAGAUCCGACACGAAAAUUGAUUAAGUAUCGACUGUUCCGAGAACACUGUGUUUGUGUAAAUGGAAAUUAUAUCAAGGAUCUAUCUAUACUGGGUAGAGAUUUAUCUAAAACUGUUAUUAUUGAUAAUAGUCCACAAGCAUUUGGAUAUCAGUUAGAAAACGGUAUACCUAUAGAAAGUUGGUUUGCUGAUCGUUCAGAUAAUGAACUAAUGAAAUUGUUACCUUUCUUAGAAAAUUUAGUAAAUUGGGGAGGAGAUGUUAGACCACGCAUUAGAGAACAAUUUCGACUCUUCAGUUUUCUACCACCAGAUUAAUUUAGUUAGUAAGCACAAAAUUAACAUUUUAAAAAUGCUAGCCU